AACGUUUCUUAAGAAAAGGUAGAAUAUUUGGAAAUUAUGUAUCACUACUGGGCGAAAUGGAAGUAGCGUGAGCUCCCCUCCCUUAAUUGUUUGAGCAGGUUGGGAUAAUCAUGUGUGAGCGUAGCGGUGUGUAGUCGAGCGCCAAGCCUUUGCUGCCCCACCCAAAUGUGCCCGGUACUGCGCAUGUGCGCGCUUUGCUCCGUCUGAGUGUUAUUCUCAUGGCCGCGCUUUGGUUACGUCGCUAGUCUGAGUACACUUGGCUGCUGGUUGCUUCUUUCCGCCUCGCCUACAUCGUGACCGCGCACGCAUCCUUGCCGUGGCCGAGCCUGAGCCGGGCGGUUCUUACGCUGGAAGGAGCAGGAGUCAGUGUGAACUAAUAACGGCCGCCGCCCGUGGGAGGGACGGAAAACACGAGUUAUAUACCGUGUGUAACGGAGCGGUGAGCGUGUCCGGCGAAGCCAGUCUCUACCGGAAUCUGAAAGCGGCUUAGCGAGGCCUAAGAAAUGGCAGCCAUCCGUAAGAAGCUUGUAAUUGUGGGAGAUGGUGCAUGUGGGAAAACCUGCCUGCUGAUUGUGUUCAGUAAAGACCAGUUUCCCGAGGUGUACGUCCCAACAGUUUUCGAGAACUAUGUGGCAGACAUAGAAGUGGAUAGCAAGCAGGUGGAGUUGGCCCUUUGGGAUACAGCUGGUCAGGAAGAUUAUGACAGACUGCGACCUCUGUCCUAUCCAGACACUGAUGUUAUAUUAAUGUGCUUUUCCAUUGAUAGCCCUGACAGUUUAGAAAACAUACCUGAGAAAUGGACCCCGGAGGUGAAACAUUUCUGCCCCAAUGUGCCGAUUAUUUUAGUUGGAAAUAAGAAGGAUCUGCGUAAUGAUGAACACACUCGUAGGGAGCUCACCAAAAUGAAACAGGAGCCUGUAAAGCCUGAAGAAGGUCGUGACAUGGCAAACCGUAUCUCAGCCUAUGGCUACAUGGAAUGCUCUGCAAAAACGAAAGAUGGCGUGAGGGAAGUGUUUGAGCUGGCUACGCGGGCAGCCCUGCAAGCCAGGCGUGGCAAGAAGAAAACCACGUGCCUUCUCAUCUAACCGAGAAACCUGCCGUAUUGCACACACACAACCUAUUCCCAUACUCCACUGGGGGACUGGGAGCCAUCGUGCAGCAAGGGUUAAGCCCACGGCAAAACGUACAGUCACAGAAAAAUCCUGGAAGGGAUGUUUAUUAAUCUUUAGAGUGUUCUUACUGGCCUUUUUGUCUUUUUCAUUUAUUCUGUUAUGAGAUUUUAUAAAAAAAAAAGUCAUCUUGCUACCAGUAUUUAAAAGUCAACGUUUUUUCUUUGAUAUAUAAAUAUAUAAUAUGUAACUUCACUGUUAGCAGAUUUGUCCAUGCACCAGACUAACUCUGACAUUCCACUGUAAAUCCCAGUCUGCACCAGGGAAUUCUGAUACCAGACUGGCUUCCUUUAUUUCUCCUAAGCUUCAUUUUGUCAUCCCCCUUCCACCCUAUUAAUAUGUGCUCCUGCCUUUAAUGGUGUAGUAAUAUAUGUUGCACUUUUGUUUUUGCCAUCACUUUGCUAAUUGAACAGGACAGCGGUUUCGGUUCACCUUUUAGUUGAUAGCAACAUGGCAGGAGCGGUGUUUACGUCACAGGGCUACUUUAGUUUUUCCUUCCCUGUGUACAGAGUUAAAGCUGCUCUACUAAAACUGUAUAAUGUGUCAAGAAGUCAUUGAUCCCAUUGAGCCUCCUGCUUCUUAAUUUGACGAGGGCGCUAAGUGUUCAUGCAGACAGGCUCCAUAUGAAAUGAGAGACGGCCGUUUUUAUACAAGUCUCUGAACAUGGUGGCAAAAGUUACCAGGGGCUCAUAUAAAAAAUGAAAAAAAGGAAAAAAAAAAAACUUCCCAAUGGCGUAGUUUAGCAGUCAAGCACUACAGAAGUUGUUGCCUUUGAAUCACUGUCCUGGGGGGGUGUCACGUGGCCUACAUGGGAGAGCGAUUAUUCGACUGUAACAAUACUGCUGCAGUGUCUAGAGGGGAAAACUUACUGUUGCUGGAAUGGUCUGCAACAGGUUGCUUUGCAAUGCAUUUUAAACCCUUUUGUAGCAAAAGGGGUUAAUUAUCUUUGGGUACACUGACUUGUUUUAAUUUUUUGUGGCAUUGGUUAAUAAAAAUUUCUAGAACCGUC